AUGACACCUUCCGAGGCAGCAAACGAUGCCCUAAACGCCACUCUGGCAGCCGUGCAACCGCUCAUGAAGCGUUGCAUGAAGUUGAAGGAGGGCGAUCCAGAGAGUUUGACACUAUCGGAUGACAUCGCCAGGCGUGUGGCCAAAGAUCUAAGGAUGCAUGCUGGGGAUGCAACAUCAUUCUCCCCGCAGCUACUCUCCUGUGCUGCCGUGAUCCGGCAGUACUCCAAGGGCGGUACUUUUGAGUGCGUCCCCGACUGGACCUCUGUGUCAGACAAUGACCCGAGGAUCCAGAGCCACCCAAGGUUUGACAAGACCGUGGGCUACCGCAGUCCCUCUGAGAUUGAGGUUUCUACCUCUUUUGAACCCGUAAAUUUACCUGUGUCUGCCGUCCUCUCCCCAACAGAUACUUUGACGCCGCAGUCCACGGUCUUGGCGGUCUUGCUGACUGCAUCCAUCGCAGAUGGAGAUCCAAUCACCUCACCGGACACUCCACCCAGACCAACAUCUCCCCCACCCAAGCCUGCGGAUGCAACAUCAUCCGCUGACACUUCAGCACCUCCUGCUACUUCCUUCAAACACAAUCUCUUUGUGGCUGGCACUCAGAAGAAAUCUGCAAAGGUCGCGCCGCAGGUCGGCAAAAGUAAGAAGAGAAAAGCGGCAGACGACACUGACGAGGCGGUUACUGACACACCCGAGUUGCCUCCCCGGUCCUCGAAACCGAGGCAACAAAGGAAGAAGAAGUUCCGCUGGGAUGAAGACCCAGAGAACGCUCCCACCGGAACGGUAUAUGCGAUCCCAAAGAAGGUAUCGCUGCCUGUUGCCGCUAAGAAGGAUGCCGACCCGGCAGUUCUGGACACUUCUGAUGCGCCUGAUGACAAAGGUUUCCAGGAUGCAGACACCAGGCCUGCCCUAUGGGGCCAGGAUUCCCAUAUCGCUACCCCGUUGCAGGCAAGUCAUUCAGCAUAUGACUGCCAUAAUAUACUAACCAUUGUACAGUAUUCCGUCCGUCAUCACCCCCGGAAGUGCGACAAGUGCAGGAAACUCGACAUACCCUGCCUUGUCCUGCCGGACAAGAAGUUCGGAUGCACGCGACUAGCUUGCGCCAACUGUGAUCAGAUGAAAAUCACAUGUGCAAUCGAUGGCGUGGGUGUUAGGGAGAGGUUGCAGGCGAAGACUGCUGUAGCAGCAUCCAAUCCUCCCAAGCACUCCGGAACGUGCAUUCUGAAGUCCCGCGCCAAGACACCUGGCCGCUCAUCUAGGAAGACAAACCUAGCGCCCCCGCCCCCUAGUUCCUCCAGCAGUGAACAAGAGGGUAAUGAGGCAGAGCAACAGCCAACGGAUGUCCUGCCCGGAAAUGCUCCAAUGGCGCAACUUCCAACAACAUCCGCAGCCGACCCAGUCCCACAGCCCGAACAGGACGCCCAGCCUGCGCCGGCCAAUGCCAUGGAUGCUGAGCCAACAGCAAGACACAUCUUGCAAAGCAUCCAGGACCUCGGCAGGAGGUUAGAUCUCUUCGCCACCAAUGAGCGGGUGGAGGCAUUGGAGGUAAGAGUUGCUUCAGCGGAGACCAACUUCAACCAACGGUUGAACGCAUUGGAGCAAUGGCUGAACAUCUCAGAUGCACGGCGGAGAGCGAUGUCCGCAUCUUAA